AUGCCUAUCCUUCGUGGACGCUCUCCGGCAGUCACACGCGAUGCGGCAGCCUUGGUUGACACAGCUCAGAUGAGCAUAUCAGAGAAAGUCAAGGCCGAGGGUGGACGACACCGUAAAUCUACAAUAGCUAACUCCUCGUCGAGCCAGAACACAACAAACUCUGUACACCUUUCAACGAUAUCUAGUCGCGCUUCAUUGGCUAGCGGUAGCUCCAAACCCAAGGUAGAUAAAGAAAUAACGAAAAGGAAUGGUACCGUUGGAAGAAAACCUGGGCCUAAACCUGGCUCCAGGGCAAAUUUCAGGCAAUCUAAGCAGGAUGAUAUUUCAGCUGCGUCAACCUUGGCAGCUAAUCGACUUUCGAAGACUAGCGGCCCCUCAGAUUCAGAGAGUAACGAUGGUGGUGAAUACUGCAUAUGUCGAGGUCCAGAUGAUCACAGAAUGAUGGUCAACUGUGAAGGCCCUUGUAAAGACUGGUACCACUGUUCAUGUCUUGAUAUUGAUGUGGAAGACGCUAAGGAGCUUCUUGAUCGCUACAUUUGCCCCAAAUGCUCUAAUGAUGUACUGUUUACUACCUAUAAGCCGAUGUGUCGCAAUUUCAACUUCUCCGGCUGUCGAAAAGCGGCGCGGAUCGAAAUGAAGCCAACCCCUAGCAUGUACUGCAGCGAGCAACAUCGGCGGGAUUUCUGGUUAUAUGUCACUGAAAGGCUUCGAUCCAACCCAUCUACAACAAUUGGCGGCGCUCUGAGUAAAGCUGAGGUUGCUUCGCUGGCCAGAUAUUUUCAGGACCGCCAUGAAUGGUUAUCCUUAGGCACGAAGCCUAAACUUACAUCAACUGAUCCGACAGAUUACCCAGCUGGGCUCAGCUAUAUCACCACUGAAGAAAACGAGCGGAUUGAAUUGAUUCGUGCACAAAAAUCCAGCCUUGAAGCGAAAAUUGACCUUGUCCACGCCCAAAAGAAACUACUUGUUAUGAUUCAUGAGCGUUGCAAAACCGCUGCACUAAUUCCUAAUCUUGAAGUUAAGGACAUAUGCGGUUAUGAUAAUCGACUUGCUAUGAACCAGUCACAGUUCCUUCAGUGGAAGAACACCGCAGAGGGAAAUUUAGCCUUCGAGACUGGUGUCCUUGGCCCACGCACCGAAGAAACCAGUUCAAUCGGGAUGCCAUUGAAUUUUCCUGGCGAAACUGUAGCCGAGUCCAGCUCUAUGGCUGCUGAACUACAGAAUAUCUGUCUGAAACCACGCAAAAAAUGCAAACACAAUGGCUGGCGCGAUAUUCAUGGUGGUGACUAUCAACUCUCAAUACAAAACUACGAGUCACAUAAGGUUAAGCUACAAGAUGAGGUUGAUGAGAUUGUUGAAGAAGCCGAGCUUCGCGAGGCUACCAAAGAUUACCAUGCCCACAACAUUACAAUUCGACAUUUCUAA